AAAAUCCCGGCGCCUUCUCCAAAUCCAACACCACGCCAAAUCAACUGCACAUAAAAUGAGAUGUAGUAGCUGUCUCAUAUCUCCAAUCUCCACCAUUAGAGCUUCAGAACCCUAGGGAAUAAUCUGUGGGAGGAAAAAGAGUUUGGGAAAAUCGGAAUGUCGGAGGCCCAGAGCGCUACGAGGUUGCUGAAUCCAUGGGUUUUUCAUCUCCAGAAGCUUGGACUCGAGCUCAAAUGUCCUAUCUGUUUGGACUUGCUGAAUAAACCUGUCCUGCUUCCUUGCAACCACAUCUUCUGCAAUUUUUGCGUACCAAAAUCGUGCCAGUGUCCUGCAUGCCAGCAACACUACACCGAUCAAGAUAUCAGAUAUGCUUCCUUUCUGGACAACAUUGUCACCAUUUACAAAAGUCUGGAUGCUACUUUCAACUCGACUAUCUUGCCACUUUUAUCUUCUGAUUCUAGUGCCCCGAUCUCAAUCUCAACUUCCAUUGACCAAUUGAGAAAGAAACCCAGUGAAACAGCAACGAGGGGGAAGAAUGAUUACAGUAAUGCUUUAACUAAGUGCUCAGUAUCAGAAGAAUUAGAUGUGAAUCAUGCUCUGGAAAUGUCGCCGGGCAGCUCUCCUUCAUCUGCUGAUGCCAAAAAUAUAGAAGAUCAUACCAAUGAUCUGAACUCCAGACAUGGGAGUACAGAAAAUCAUAGAGUCAAGAAAUCUUUUGGCGAUAAUUUAGGUGCUGCCACUGGUGGAGUAGAUUCUAAUGACACAUUUCAUGCAAGAGAACCUAAGAGACAGAAGAAGCUGAAUUAUGGAUCACCUGAGGCAGCUUUGGGAAGCCAUGGAUACAGGCAACAAACUAUUUGUCAUUCUGAUCAAGCUGCAGUUUCCAACUUCAGUGCAGAAUGCAAAUUUAAGGAAGACACUUCUGUCAUUUCUUCCCUUGCAACUUGUGAAGAAUUAUAUGCGAAUGGAAGUGUUUGUGCAUUUUGCCACUCUUCCAAGAUAACAGAAGGGACUGGAUUACUGCUGCAUUAUGCAGCUGGAAAGGAGGUAGCAAGAGGUGAACCUGAUUUUUCCAAGGCCAUUCCUGUCCACAGUAAAUGCAUAGAAUGGAGUCCUCAAGUUUACUUUGUUGGAGAAACAAUUAAGAAUUUGGAAGCUGAACUGGUGAGAUCUUCUAAGCUCAAGUGUAGCAGCUGUGGGUUAAAGGGAGCAGCACUUGGUUGCUUUGCCAAGUCCUGCAGGAGGAGUUAUCAUGUGCCUUGUGCUUUGGAAAUCCCAGAGUGCAGAUGGGAUUGUGAUGACUUUUUAAUGCUAUGUCCUAUUCACAAAACAAUUAAAUUUCCAAGUGAAAAGUCCAGCUCUAGGAAGCGUCACAGUGGAGAAAAGUGUUCUCUGUCCAGUCAAAUAGCAUCUGAACGGUUGAACUUUUGGGUGACCUCCCCUAGUGGACCUCAAAAAUGGGUUUUGUGUGGAUCUGCCCUGUCUUCUGAAGAGAAGUGUUUGAUGGUCGAGUUUGCUGGAAUCUGUGGUGCUACUGUGUUCAAGUUCUGGAAUCCAAAUGUUACCCAUGUGAUUGCUGCCACAGAUUCAAUUGGUGCGUGCAGCAGGACUCUAAAGGUUCUCAUGGCAAUUCUGAAUGGAAGAUGGAUCCUCACUAUGGAUUGGAUAAAAGCUUGUGUUGAAGCAAAUGGUCCUGUGGAUGAAGAACCUUAUGAAGUUAAUCUGGAUAAUCAUGGUUGCCGUAAUGGUCCCAGAAAUGGCAGAUUAAGGGCGUCAAAUAAUGCUCCCAAGCUUUUCGAUGGUCUGAGCUUUUAUUUCAAUGGGGACUUCGUCCCAUCUUACAAGGAUGAUCUCUUAGAGUUAGUUAGAGUUGGUGGAGGAACCAUUAUUGAGAGCACGGAGCAGACAGUUGCACAAGAACCCAAUCCACAAAUGGUUUCUACAACUUUUGUUGUUUAUAGUCACGAUCACCCUCAGGGAUGUCUAGCAACAGAAUCGAGUUCUUUUGUCUUGAAAAGAUUAGCAGAGGCGGAGCUUGUGGCAAAAGACAUGGAUGCGCAGGUCAUUCCACACACAUGGAUCUUGGAGUCAAUAGCUGCAUGCAGGGUGUUGCCUUGUCCCUAAUCUUAAUCAUGCUGCUACUCAUAUAUAUUUAACUUAUGGAUAG